AUGCGUCACGUUCACUCUGCGUCUCUUCUGACGGCCCUUCUCUCGGCCACCAAGGUUGCUGCCCACGGCCAUGUCACCAACAUCGUCGUCAACGGCGUUUACUACGAAGGAUUUGAUAUCAACUCCUUCCCCUACAUGGGCGACAAUGCUCCCACGGUAGCCGCCUGGACUACUCCCAACACUGGCAAUGGCCCUCUGGCUCCCGAUGACUACUCUUCCCCGGACAUCAUCUGCCACCAGAAUGCUACCGCUGGCAAGGGUUAUGUCGAGGUCAACGCCGGAGAUCGUAUCAGCCUCCAGUGGACCCCAUGGCCCGAAUCUCACCACGGUCCCGUCAUUGACUACCUUGCCCGUUGCGAGCCCAACUGUGCCUCGGUGGACAAGACCUCUCUUGAGUUCUUCAAGAUCGAUGGCGUUGGUAUCGUCGAUGGCUCCAGCGUUCCCGGUGUCUGGGGUGACGAUCAGUUGAUCAAGAACAACAACAGCUGGCUCGUCGAGAUCCCCAAGUCCAUCGCCCCUGGGCACUACGUCCUCCGCCACGAGCUGAUUGCUCUUCACUCCGCCGGUACUGAGGGUGGUGCUCAGAACUACCCCUCUUGCUUCAACUUGAAGGUCAACGGUGAUGGUACCGACAAGCCCGCUGGUGUCGUCGGAACUGAGCUCUACACUCCCACCAGCGAUGGCAUCAUCUUCAACAUUUACCAGGCGGUCUCCGAGUAUCCCGUGCCCGGCCCAACCCUGUACACUGGUGCCGCCACUGGUGUGACUCAGGCCACCUCCGCCGUUACCUCCACCGGUACCGCCCAGGUCAUCGACGCGGUUGCUACCACCCCAGUGUCGGUCCCUAGCGCCUCUUCCUCCGCAGUCGCCUCCUCUUCGGCCACUCCCUCCCGCUCUCCUUCUCCCUCUUCCUCAGCUGUUGCCUCCUCUUCCGCUGCCGCCUCCCGCUAA